AUGCCAUCCAUGCACGGCUUGUCAAUCAAAGCUGUAACUGAUCUGAUCAGAGUACUGCCUGUUGGAUUUCUUACCCUGUUCUCCACAGAUGCCUGCUGCACUGCGGUGGGCACUGAAAAAAGGUCUGCACUUGAUGAUUCUUUAGAAGAGCAGUUACAAAGUAUCUCCAUCUCUAGUGAUGAGUCCGACAACACCCCACCCCACUCAACUCCCAAGCCCAGAGUUUUCAAGGACACAACUGGCCGCUUUACUACUUUUAUGGAGGAUUCUAGAAUCUCUGAAAUAAUCAAUGAGUACUUUAAGAGAAAGUAUCCUACCCAGAAUGAAGAUUAUCCAAAUAUUGAAGAUGAGAUUUAUGAAGUUGUGGCAAUGGACCUGUAUUGCAUUUGCAGUCCAACAGGCAGUGCAUUUUUAAGCGAAUAUGAACUUUUAAAUGAAGAUGGUAGUCCUACGGAAAACUUGAUUGAAGAACUUAAAGCAUACUUAUGGGACAGCAACGUGCAUAAAUCCAAAUUCAAGACAAUCGCGGUAUCUGGCUUCGAAUUUGAUCAUACUCCAACCAAGGCAUGGAAGUUCCUCAUUGACCACUGUGGAACUGAGGAAUUAUGCAUAUCAGAAAUAGCGGCAAUCGAUAUUGCUGCAUUCAACAGUCCUGAUCUCAGUAAGAUAAAAGAGCUGUAUUUGACUAGUGUUGGAUUGACAGAGAUUCCAUGCUUAUAUAACCUCAAAGGUCUUGAACGCCUCUACUUGGAUGAUAAUAAAAUUGUAGAGGUUAGUCUUCAAAGCUACUUUGAUGCUGAGACACACAGGUGCAACGCCAUGCCAGACAUGAAAUAUCUGAGAUUGGAUGAAAAUGACAUAUCAAGUAUUGAUGGAAGAAUUGAAGAGGUUUUCCCACAUCCAUCCAUGAAAAUAGAUAUUGAUGAAGUAGUUUUACACUAUCCGCUUGGCGAUGUGAAAGAGAAACUGGAAGGGGCAGGUAUCGAGCUUACUGAGCCAGACCUGGAGAGUCGGAUGGACUGGAUGCCAGUAACUGACUAA